UCCUUAUGAGGCUAAUAUGUGUUCUUGUUGAUGUCCCAUUGCUUAUUCAGGUUAAGCAGGUACAUAAGAGCUCAUUGUGAAGAAAUAUUUCGUGAGUAAUCAUGAGUAGUUUGAGAUUUAUGCUGACUCUAUGCAGUUGCAGCCGCAGGAUCAUUCGCAUUAAUGCACAAUCACUCACUCCCUCAAGGAAUCUUUUCCACAGGUCACGACAAGACCUCCUUAAACAUGAACGUGUUAAAUCUGCAAUCAAGUGUCAGCAGUUCAAAUCCACUGUUGUCCAGGAAGAACAGAGUGAGGAUUCCAUACUGAAAUGGUUUCUGCUGUUGAUCCCUCUCACCACCUUUGGCCUUGGAACCUGGCAGGUAAAGCGGAGGCAAUGGAAGCUAAAGCUGAUCGAAGAUCUUCAUAUAUUGACGACUGCCGAUCCAAUCCCACUACCCACAGAUCCUGCAGAGUUGAAGGAUCUCGAGUACCGGCGCGUGAAGGUCCGUGGCUGGUUCGAUCACUCUCUGGAGUUGUACAUCCUGCCCCGUUCGCUAGUGGAUCCUGAGAGAGAAGCCCGAGACGCAGGCAGACUGUCAUCCAGUGCAGAGAGUGGAGCUAACGUUAUCACCCCGUUCCACUGUACUGAUCUAGGGAUUACCAUCUUGGUGAAUCGAGGUUAUGUACCCAAAAAUAAAAUUAGACCAGAAACGAGGAUGAAGGGGCAGGUGACAGAUGAAGUAGACUUGGUGGGUGUGGUGCGUUUGACAGAGCAGCGCAAGCCGUUUGUCCCCAAGAACAACGUGGAGGCGAAUCGGUGGCACUACCGCGACUUGGAGGCCAUGGCGAAAGCAACUGAUGCCGAAGAGAUCUUCAUCGAUGCUGUGUUGGAAAGUACAAUACCAGGAGGACCAAUAGGAGGCCAGACAAGAGUAACACUGCGCAAUGAACACAUGCAGUACAUCAUUACAUGGUACGGACUGUGUGCUGCUACUUCCUACAUGUGGUAUGCAAAAUUCAUCAAACGCCUUAGCUUAUGAAACCAGUUUUUGUACAGACCAUGGUGUAAAAACACUGGAUUUUUUUAAAAAGUUGGUGGUCAAGUACGUGAGUGAACCAAUUCUUUAAGCUCCUGACCGAAACCAGCAUUUUGGGUUUUUUUGUUAAUUUUGAACACAGCUCCAACACCUUUUGGAGUACUCAGAGUAAUUCUUAAAACUGUAGUAACCCUGCCCAGCUUAGGAUUGAUUUCUCCUGCUGCAACACCUCAAACUCUAUCUUAUCUACUGCUUCUACAAGGUUCAGUGGUUAAUAAUUUUGGAUUUCUUAGUACUACGGAGAUUUGAACUUGCAACUUUCCAAGCUGUCAUUGCUGGGCUCUUGAACAAGGCUCUUAACCCUCAGCUGACAAGUACCUCUGGAUAAGGGAGUUUACCAGAAGAGUUGAUUGAGCCUUCCUGCUCUUGAAUUCUCUCCUCAUUCUUCCCUGAUGUGUUUUCUUUAUUCACUCUAAACUUAUCUAAUAGGAAAGAAUAUUUAUACAGGGCAGCAGUAUUCAAUGACUAGAGUUAGAAAUUGUUUAAGAACACUUGAUUCUCUGUGGCACCAAAUAAAGUUUGCUUUUGUUGA